AUGCUUUCAGCAGUGAGUCCGACCAUCUUUUCCUGUCGGGGCUCAACACGAAGUGCUGUGCCGCAGUCCAGACAUGUUGGAUGCAGCCGAAGCAGCCGAAUGCUUCCCCGGAAUUGGAUCGCUGCGGGUGUUGCUGGUGGACUCUUAGGCCAAUUUGCACAGAGAAGAUGCGCAAGGAUGUGCCAACCAAGCAAAACCGCCAACGGUUCCGGGACGCAAAGUGUUGCACAAAGUAAAGUCUUGGCAGUGGUUGGCUUGGGGAAUGUUGGUAAUCAGUAUGUGGGCACCAGACAUAAUAUUGGUUUCGCCGCUGUAGAUGAGGUAGCUUCCAAGCUGCUUGAUGAGCCAGGAAGCUGGGCCCUGGAGGGUCCAAUUUGGGAAGCAGCCCAUGGAGGAAAUCUGUUGCGCUUGAAACGCCAGGAGUCCCCUACUGAGUCAGGUUUUUCGGAGCUGAUACUCUUCAAGCCUGCCUCUAUGAUGAAUGGAUCAGGUCUCCCAGUGUCACAGCUGAUGGACGCGCUGAACCUUCCAGAAACUCAUCUGGUGCUGAUCUAUGACGACUUGGACCUGGAGGUGGGCCGUUUGCGGCUGCGCAAGUCCGGCUCCGCGGGCGGGCAAAACGGGGUGCGCUCCGUGCUGGCGCAGGGCUUCAAAGAUUUCCUGCGGAUGCGCCUGGGUAUCUCCAGACCACCCAAGGCUGCUGGACGCCAUGGCGUGGUGGGCCACGUCUUGGGACGAUUCCGCCACGAGGAGCUGGAGCAAACCACUGAAGCUUUGCAGAUGGCGGCGGCGGCCAUUGAAGAUUUGGCAGAGGGGACCAGUGAUACCUGCGCAGAAGAGCAGGCGAUGAAGCCGCGGCCCUACAACGCCAAGUUUCGCCAGGUGGCGCAGGUGGAUGGCAUGGAUGAGGACUACUACUCCGAUGUCUAUGACAGUGGUGGCCCAACUGCAAGUGCCUACGACCGUGGGCUCAGUGGAAAUUUCACCCCUGAAUGCACGGUGGAGCUUUUCCAGCCUUCGGAUUUCGAGUCCAGUCAAUAUGAUUUCAUGAGCAUCGACAAUGGCAUUUUUGACCUGGGCCUGCGUUCAGUCUUUGGCAGCCCCUUGCAAUUGCAAGAGCUGACCUUGAGGGAUGUGCGGCUGAAUGUAGAUCAGCAUGUUGAUGGCUCUUCCAAUGCGAAGACGAUCAUGGAACACAUCAACAUGGCGGCCAAGUCUGCUCAGAACAAACAGUUCAAUGAGAUCCUCAUGACCAAACAGGUGGUAGUUGAUAAGAUCUCUUUCUUCAACAUCGUCACCCGCUUGUGCCUGCAUCCGUCCUGUGAAAUGUCACCACCUCCCUACUUCGUCAUCAAGAAGGUUGAAGUGAACGACGUGGGCAAAAAGACCGGUGGAGUCUAUGUGCCGGAUUUGCUGGAAGUCAUUGUGCGUGCCGUGGUGGUUGCAGCCAUCAAGGCUGCACCCAACCAGCUGGGAAAUCCCUUGGCCGAAAGCUUGGGCGCAGGCUUGCUUCAGGCCUUGGAUUAUGCACAGAUUCACUACGACCUUGGGGGUGGCCUCCAGGCUGCCAGCGCGCAGUUUGGCACGCAGAUGGGCCGACUGAGCCGAGGAACUGCAGCUCUGGGCCAAGGUGUUGCCAACACAGUGCAGCAGUCUGAGCCGGAGCUCAUCAAGGCCUUGGACAAGGCGUUGGGCUUGGACAACCCCUCCGACGCCACCAAGAGAGAAGUGCAAAAAUUUGUGAACCAGAACGCGCACGCUGCUGCUGGAAACUUUGUUUCCGCCGUGGGCAAUUUCUCCAAGAUGCUCAGCAAAGGUGAGCGAGACGUGGGUGGCAACGUCAGCAGCGUCCUUGCAGCAAUGGGAGAAGCUCUGCAAAACGAGAAGUCGAUGGCAGGGGACGAGCCAGCCAAGGACCUGCCAGAGGCUGCCAGCUCGGCCAUGAAGGAUUUCUCCAGCAUGUUCCGAAGUGGUGAGGAGGCUGUAGGCAAGAUGUUCCAACAGAAGGCCAACCCGCAAUCGAACUUCAACCCUGUGGCGGCUUUUGCGAAUGCCUUCGAAAAGCAACAGCAGCAGUUGCGGGGAAACACCCCAGUCCCGACCGCUGCGGCCCCUGUCGCCCCGGGUGCGCCCACUAUGGCCGAGCCUCCCAAUGCGGCAGGGUGGUCCUUGGGGCAAUGA